AUGCCUGAGGAGAAGGUCCCCUAUGUGAACAGCCCUGGUGAAAAAUUCCGAAUCAAGCAGCUCCUGUACCAGCUGCCGCCGCACGAUAAUGAGGUGCGUUACUGUCAGUCUCUCAGCGAAGAGGAGAAGAAAGAACUGCAGAUGUUCAGUGUCCAAAGGAAGAACGAAGCACUGGGACGAGCGACGGUCAAAAUGCUGCCUCGCAAUCUCCUCAACAGUGUCUGUGAGCAUUGUGGGGAAGGAAUCUGCGGUGGAGAAAUGACGUUGUCUGCAUCUCGAAUGGGCCCAGGAGUGUUGUGGCACCCAGCAUGCUUUGCCUGUUCCACCUGCAGUGAACUACUUGUGGAUUUAAUCUACUUCUCCCACGAGGGAAAGAUCCACUGCGGCCGGCACCACGCAGAGCUCCUGAAGCCCCGCUGCUCAGCCUGCGAUGAGAUCAUCUUUGCGGACGAAUGCACGGAGGCAGAGGGCCGUCACUGGCACAUGAAGCACUUCUCGUGUUUUGAAUGCGAGACGGUUUUGGGAGGUCAGCGAUACAUCAUGAAGGACGGCAGACCAUACUGUUGUGGAUGUUUCGAGUCGCUCUACGCAGAGUAUUGUGAGGCCUGUGGAGAACAUAUCGGAGUGGACCAUGCUCAGAUGACCUAUGACGGGCUUCACUGGCACGCCACUGAAGGCUGCUUUAGCUGUGCCCAGUGUAAGAACUCUCUGCUGGGUUGCCCCUUCCUGCCUCACCAGGGCAGAAUCUACUGCUCCAAGGCUUGCAGUUUGGGUGAAGAUGUUCUGGCCUCAGAUUCCUCGGACUCUGCCUUCCAAUCGGCCCGCUCCCGAGAGUCCAGGAGAAGCGUGCGCAUGGGCAAGAGUAGUAAGUCAGCUGAUCAGUGCCGCCAGUCUCUCCUCUUCUCCCCUUCAGCCAAUUACAAGUUCCCUGGGUUUAGCAGCAAUGCCGAGGACACUUUAACUAAUAAGCUAUCCCACAUGAACUUGUCUGAUGAGCAUUUCUGGAGGGAUCGUGGAGAGGAAGCAGAGGCCCCUGAAGAUCAAGAAGAGUGGGCAGAACAUGAAGACUACAUGACACAGCUACUACUGAAGUUUGGACAACAUGGGCUGCAACAAGCCAAUGACUCUAAACCUACUAAUUUCUGGACAGCAGAGACUGAGGCUCAAUUGGAGCAGGACUGUGUCAAGGUUGAUCAGGGCAGUGGGGUACGGCUGAGAGGAAGUCUGGCCAGUAAGAAGUAUCAGGUGGACAGGUACUGGGCCCAGUCUCAGGACGGCCUGGGGGAUUCAGCCUAUGGCAGCCACCCUGGUCCUGCUAGUAGUCGAAAGAUACAGGAACUUGAGUUGGACCAUGGAGCUGGAGAGACUAGCCAGUGGUACUCUGACUCUUUGGAAUGCAUCUCUAAUGAGUUCAAAAAGAUAGAACCAAAUGUCCGAGACUCCAUGGACUCCCUGGCUCUGUCAAAUAUUACAGGUGCCUCUGUGGAUGGUGACUGCAAAGACAGAGGACUGGCUUUUUCUUUACAAGGAUUUCCUGAGCUCCAGACGGACGACUGUGAACAGAGCAGUAAUAUGGGGACACUAAACUCCUCUAUGUUGCACAGAAGUGCAACCUCGCUGAAAAGCCUUGUGUCUGAACAGGAAGCCCCAGUCUCCCCAAAAGUACAGGAAGUGCCAUUACCUGAUAGCAGGCCCAAAACCAACAUCCCUGCUCUGAGGAGGGCUCGCCCACAGGCCAGACCUCAGCAGGUCAAGUUCUCAGAUGAUGUGGUGGACAACAGUCAGUACGAGCUUCCCCUACGCCAGCCCCCUAUGAGUGAACGGACUCGCCGCAGAGUUUUUCACUUUGAGGAAGCAGGACAGGACCCUGGCACAGGACACCAUCACCACAGGCGACGUCGCAGUCGCAAGUCCCGCUCUGAUAAUGCUCUAAACCUUCUGCCGAAAGAGAGGGCUUCAAAAAGCUUCAGCAGAGAUCCCAGAGGGAACGCUCUGGGAUCACAUGGACACCCCAACACUAUGUCCCAGUACGGGUUACAGGGGCAACUCUCAGGCCGCUUCACUGGACUUUACGGCGGUGACGAGGAUGACUGGUGCUCUACCUGCUCUUCGUCCUCUUCAGACUCUGAGGAGGAGGGCUUCUUCCUGGGACAGCCCAUCCCCCAGCCGCUGCCCCAUAGACAUUACUACAUGGAGGAUCUGCCCUGCUCUGUGGCGGGUAUGAGCUCUCCCUCUUACAGCCAAAGGACUAAGUCUAAAAAGAAGAAGGGACACAAGGGAAAGAACUGCAUCAUUUCAUAA